CUAUUACAAAGUCAUAAAAUCAUUUAACUUUAAAUUUAUUUUAAUAUUUUUUUGAAGGGAAAGCCUAAUUCCUCUUGAAUCCUUCAUGGCUUCAUUCAUUUAUGUUUUCUUUUGAUUAAAAACAGUGAUGAGAGUGAGUUACUAGUAGCAAUGGCUAGCAGCUUGAAUUUGGGUUAUUUCUGAGCAAAAACAAAAAGGGUGUUUUCAGCCCUUCACCAUGCCUCUAUCCGAGCUAUAUCGGAUGGCUAGGGGGAAGCUCGAUUCAUCUCAAGACAAGAACCCUUCAAGUUCAACUGAUCCAUCUAUUGUACCUGAGGAUGAUUUUGUUGAACUGGUUUGGGAGAAUGGUCAAAUUUCGAUGCAAGGUCAGUCUAGUAUAGCUAGAAAGGUUCCUGUUUGUAACAGCUUACAAUCCCACAGUUUUAAGAUUGGAGAUAAAUAUAUAGGCAAUGGAGGAAAUAGUUCAAAAAUGGGAAAGUUUGGGGUGGUGAAUGCGGUAUCGAGUGAAGUUCCAAUGUCGGCUCCGUCUCAUGAUGAUGAUGUGGUGCCUUGGUUAAAGUACUCAGAGAAUGAAUGUUGUGAUAUGUUGCCUGGAUUAUCUGGGCUCUGUACAAAUAACAUCCCAACUGAUAGUAGCUUAGCUUCAUUUAAUCAAAGACGCCAAUCCAUCAGUGAUUCCUUUUCUGGUUCUCUAAAUGCUGCUGCGGAUUUCAAACAAGGAAAGUUGGCAAAGGUUCCUAAACCGGCAGAUGACGAAGCUAGGCUGAGAAGUGGUACCAGUGAGUCGCCACAACUAUGUCAAGUGUCUUCAUCGUAUCUUGGAUCAAGAAAUUUGGAGAGUAUUGGUAAUAAGCCGAGCCAUGCCUUUUUCAGAGAUACGAUGGGAGUUCAACCGUCAGAUGAGACUUUGCGUUGUGUUAAGAUGCAGAAACAAGAUAAAGUUGCACCUUGUAAUAAUACUGUCUUGAUGAAUUUUUCCCAUUUUUCACGUCCUGCUGCUCUUGUUAAAGCUAGUCUUCAGAAUAUAGGUGCUAUGGCUAGGAUUGAGAGUAAGGAAACAGGGUUUGCAGCCAGUACUAGGGGGCCUGUUGGUUCCAAGGCCAUUGAUUCAAAUAUCAAGUUACAGAAGGAAACCUUUUCACAUUGCCAUUCUUCAAUAGUGCCGAUGAAGACUGAUAUAAAACAAUCUGAAGCUAAGUCUCUAGAUGAGCCAGUUGCUGCUGAACCAAAUAAUGCCAACUGUGAAGAAUAUGUCCCAAAAAGUGAUAAAAUAUCUAGUCAAGUUAUUGGUGAAAAUGCUUCCAAUUGCCUGCCAGAGAGUGGUAAGGCUGUAGAGUCUGUGCUUGCUGCUUCUGUUUGCUGUGAAAAUAAUGUAGAAAGAGCUUCUGACGAUCCAGUAGUAAAUAAUUUGAAGAGAAAAAACCAUGAUAAUGAGGAGUUUGAAUGUCCUAGUGAAGAUGCUGAAGAAGAAUCUGUAGGUGUGAAAAAAGCAGUUCCUGCUCGAGGAGGUAAGGGGUUCAAGAGAAGCGGAGCAGCUGAAGUGCAUAAUUUAUCUGAAAGGAGGCGAAGGGAUAGGAUAAAUGAGAAGAUGCGUGCUUUACAGGAGCUCAUACCUAACUGCAAUAAGGUGGACAAAGCUUCAAUGCUUGAUGAAGCAAUUGAAUAUCUUAAGACGCUCCAACUACAAGUGCAGAUUAUGUCUAUGCGAGCUGGCUUAUAUGUGCCACCGAUGAUGUUGCCAACUGGAAUGCAACACAUGCAUGCCACUCAAAUGGCGUAUUUUUCAUCCAUGGGUUUUGGAAUGGGUCUAGGUAUGGGUUUUGGGAUGCCAUUUCCUGAAACGAAUACUGUAGCUUCUGCUUGCCCUAUGGUUCAGGUGCCUCCAGUCUGUGGAGCACCUUUUUCUGGCCCAGGCCCUCAUUUGUCAGGUUCGACUGCAUUCCAUGAGAUGCCAGGAGCUAACCUCCGGCUAUAUGGUCUUCAUGGUCAAGGACUUCCAAUGUCGGUGCCAGGUGCACCUUUGUUUCCUAUUCCUGGUGGGCACCUCAUGAAAUCAGCCAUUGGAUUGAGUGCCUGUGGACUGGGAGGUCCUAUGGACAAUAUGGAUUCAGCUACAGCUUCUAGUUCAAAGGACCUAAUUCAGAAUAUCAACUCACAAGUGGCACAGAAUACUAACAUCAAUAGCUCAAUGAAUCAGACAUCUACUCAGUACCGAACAGCAAAUGAAAGUUUUCAACAGCCAGCUGAAGUGCAAGAGAAUGGUCGAGCCUCGGAAAUCACUGGUAGUGUACCUUUUAGAUCAACUGAUGGAGAUAAGAAGUUACCUGAUAGGUUAUAAUUGUUAGCUUUUUGAGCGGAGGAUUUGAAUCUAUUUUGCUUCAUGGGGAGGCUGAAGCUUUUUCUCUGCGAGGAUUGGACCUCUAUGGUGAUGAUGAUGGUCAACCGAAUACUAAUUUCAGCACAAUGCAAGUUAGAAUAUGCUCAGUUUUUGGUUGUUGCUUAGAAUCCUCUGUUUGAACAGAAGAGGGACCUUCAUGUACUUCGGUUACUCCUCCAUCCACGGUGCUUCCUUCCUCCACGAGAAGCGGUCUGGUACUCGAAUCCUUAGCUUUGGCUUCAGUAUGCUCAGGUUCUUCCUCCGCAACAAGCAUUCUGGUACUCAAAUCCUCACCUUUGGCUUCAGUAGGAUCAGGUACUUCCUCCAUGGGAAGCUGUUCGGUAGUCAAAUCCAUAGCUUUGGGUUCACUAUGAUCAGGUUCUUCUGUCUUGUAUUUGUACCAUGAGGCCCAGUACAAAUAGUUUAAAAAGUUUAGGCAGCUAAGGAUAGCUAAAAACCAGUAAAAGAGAUUUAAGUGACUCGAGUUUAAGUCUAAUCCAUGAAUCCAACCUUGUUUGCUUGAACUGGUUCUUUUCGUGAUGGCGUUUAUGACAUUGACGAACACUGUACUUAAGAAGUAGCCAAAAGAUAGUGUUAACCACGUAAAUGAUGUGGAGAGUGACCUCAUGCCUAUUGGUGCUUCCCUGUAGAAAAAUUCCAGCAGUCCCACAAGAGUGAACAUGUCUGCAAUUCCAAAUAUUCCAUAUUGAAAGGAGAGCCAGAAGAGGCUUAUGGGCUUCAUUAGGUCCCUAUGAGCUUGAUCCCUUCUUUUAACCUCAACAAUACCGGCAAUAGCCAUUGAAAUUGCUGACAGAACAAGCCCCACACCGACACGUUGGAGUUGCGUGAUGCCCGAUGGAUGUUUUGUGAUUUUUCGAGCAAAAGGGACAAAGAAAAACUCAUAGAUGGGGACCAGAAUGGACAUGAAAACCAGUGGGAUUAUCGGGAUCGAAGCAGCAGGAACGUUGAAAUUUCCAAUCUUGCGAUUCAUGAAAUUACCUUGCAUAACUGAGAAUGUCUGCAGCUGCGCCAGACAUGUGUUCAUUAUGACUGUACUGAAUAAAAUGGGCAACAUCCUGAUAUAUCCAUUAAGAAAUGAAAUGCAGGGAUAAAUAGUACUGAACCUGAGCUAUCCUUACGAUGGGGCUAUCGGCCAUCUCGGGUUCUCGUAUGCGGUAGAAAGGCUUGCCGAGUGCAAGAACAGUGAAACCUAUGAAGGUAGCCACAGUUGAUAUGAAGAAACCCCAAUACCAUUUGUGCUUUUCAGUGGUCAGAUACACGAUCCCUGUCACUCCGACACAGGCUCCGAGUGUAGUACUGAGCAAUAGCCAGUUGAAAUACCUUGCUAGAGCUUUGGCUUCCUUGGGGUCUUUAUGAUCAAAUUGGUCACCACCGAGUGCUGGAAGAGCUCCCUUGACCCCACCGGCCCCCAAUGCCAACAACCCCAGUGAAAAGUAGAACAUCACUGCCUUGCUACCGUCUAUGCAGCUGGCCUUGCCACAGUAUGCGGGCUGCAAAUCCUUUGAAUAAGCCUGGAUUGUUACCAAUGCCAAUCCCUGCAAAUUAAAACCUUGUUUUAGUUAAGCCUCUAAGGAGGGGAGGGUCUGGGUCAAAUUAUGGUUUUCGUCCCUGCAUUGCAUUACUCAUCUCGGAGAUUUAGUUCCUCGGUUGAUGUGUAAUUUAAUAAUAAUAAAAAACAAAAUUUUCUGUGUCAUUUUAAAUGUAAAAAUAUUGUUAUUAAAAUAAUUAUUUUCUAUUUUCCGGGA